AUGAAUGUUACAGAUGUGUCUAAAAUGGUGCAGCUUCCUCUUUCUGUCAAAGUCCUGCUGUCUGUCCUGCCGUGUCUGCUGCUCCUGUACGUCAACAGCAUCAUGGUGUUCGUCCUGCUGAGAAAGCCCUUCCUGCUGGAGUGCUCCCGAUACAUCCUGUUCGGUCACUUGCUGCUCACCGACUCCCUGCAGCUGCUGCUCACCUUGCUGCUCUACCUGUUCGCCCUGACUGCCGUCAGGAUGGUGACCUGCGUUUGUGUCGUCCUCACCCAGCUCACAGCCGUCACUGUCAAGUUGUCUCCCAUCAACCUGGCGGCCAUGUCCUUGGAGAGGUAUGUUGCCAUUUGCUUUCCGCUCAGGCAUGCCUCCAUCACUACGCCCAGAGUGACGGCUGUGGCCAUCGCCGUCAUGUGGACCGUGGCCUCUUUAGAGUCCUUCACCCAGCUCUUUCUGUUUUUCUCCCUCGACGAGGAAGGCCUCGCCGCGCAGAGGUUCUGCAACGCUAACACGAUGUUCCAGCUGCAGGUGUGCCUCACUCUGAACAGGGCCUUCACCAUCCUGAACUUUGUGUUCGUGACCAUCAUUAUCAGUUACACGUACGUGGCGAUCAUGUUUUCUGUGAAGCGGCCUCCUUCUGGCGCAUACAAGGCCAGAAAUGAGCUGAGGACGGUGCUGCUGCACGCAUUCCAGCUGAGCCUGUACCUCAUCUCCACCCUCUUCAACAUGAUCAACUCCAGCGAGCUGCUGAGCUUCAACCCUGCCAUCGCCAUUCACGUCGAGUACAUCGUCUUUUUGUGUCUGAUCAUCUUCCCAAAGUGUUUGAGUCCACUCAUAUACGGCCUCAGAGACCCGGCCAUCAGGCACGUUUUUAAAUGUUACAUCACGUUUGGCUGCAAAUCGACCGUCAGGCCUCAUCCCUAA